UGGAGCUAUGAAUGAGGCGCAGCGCAUUCAAUCAAACCUUUCUAGAACCCCCUGUAACGUUGCAGGCCCUGAACAUGCCCCAGUAUUGAGGGAGGAGCGACGCGCGUUGGCUACAUGUGUGCUUUCUUUCCGGUUUGCUAGGGUUACUGCAGAACAUUUACUUUACAGGCCUCAGUCGAAAGAAAUCAAAAUGAUUAUCCCGGUCCGGUGCUUCACAUGUGGGAAAAUCGUUGGUAAUAAAUGGGAGGCGUACCUUGGCCUCCUUCAAGCUGAAUACACUGAAGGUGAUGCCCUUGAUGCUCUUGGUCUGAAGAGGUAUUGCUGUCGGAGGAUGCUGCUGGCCCAUGUAGACCUCAUUGAGAAGUUGCUGAAUUAUGCACCCCUGGAGAAAUGAUGGAUACAACCACCAACAAGAAUCAUCUGGCCUAUUUAUAGACGAGCCCUUGCUGACAGCCAGUGAGGCAGUGCACUCUGAUGGAUUGACAUCCUCAAGAGACUAUUUUCAUACCUUGUUUGAAUUGUACAUGUUUUUUUGUUGGCUACAGCCACUUGACAUGUAAUUUACAUCAUUGUGUAAAUAAACAAGACUGGAGGCGAACCCCUUUAAGCAGCAUGGGUCAGGCAUUGAAAACUACCUAGUCCUCUUGUGUAGCAAUCCCUUUUUGCAAUAAACACACUUGUUCCAACUCA